AGUGACGAGGUUUGAUGGUUUUGAGAAAAACAUAAAGGAUUUCUUUUUUUCCCCCCAAUGUAUUGAAAUUAAUGAUUUAUUGAAAAUUACUUAUUUUUCAUCAUUUGUUAUUUCCGUGGACUCUGAAAUUCAAUUACCAAGCAACCAAAAUAUUUAUAAAGUUAGUGGUGAAAUCUCUCCAACUUAUAAUAAGGCUUAUAGCUGCAACCUUGCCAUCAUUCUAAGUGUGCCAAAGAUGUUGUCAAGUAUAGUAAAAGAACAUCAAAGUAAGCAGGCAGCAAAACGAGAAGAAUUAGAAAAAAAGAGAAAAGAAGCUGUUGUUGCUGCUAGCACUUUGACAUCAGCUUUAGUUGAUCACUUGAAUGUUGGUGUUGCCCAAGCAUACUUAAAUCAAAAGAGAUUAGAUCAUGAAUCCAAGCAAUUGCAUGCCAAUGUCACAAAUUUUGCUAAACAAACAGCACAAUGGCUACAACUUGUUGAGAAUUUUAGCCAAGUUUUGAAGGAAAUUGGUGAUGUUGAGAAUUGGGCUAGAAGUAUAGAAAAUGAUAUGAAUACUAUAUCAAGUGCAUUAGAGUACGCUUAUAAAGUUGGACAAGAAACGUGAAAUUCUUUCUGCUCUAGCAUUUUAUGAGAGAAGGUGGGGAAAAUAUCAUGAGAGAAAAGCUUAUGUAAUAUUCAUGUAAAUAUAAUUUGAAUAUAUAUGAAAAUGUGAAUUGUUCAAUAUAUUAAAAGAUUUGUCAUUAAUCGAA